CCCAAAUCUAACGGCGCCUAGAAAUCCUUCUUGCGCAACCAAAAAGGGAGAGAAGAACAAGAAGCGAACCCAAAAGCCAAACAGGCAGAGCAGAAUUCAGAAAGAAAACAGAUAGAAAGAGAGAAGACAGAACGGUGAAGAAAAACGAAAACGGAAGAGAAGAAGUAAAUAGGAAGAGGGGAAAAAAGAAGAGAAUUCUUGGCAACCAAACAGUAACAGAGAAAAUUUGGGUUGGAGACUACCCAUCAAAUCUCGUCAACAAAAAAGAAAACGUUCGGAUUGUGAAAGUUUAAUUUUCAUUUCUUCCUUACAAUUUUUUUUUUGUUCCGUUUCCUCUUCUGUUCGGGAAAAACUUGUUUGUGGGUUGGAGUUAAAAAGACCGGGGAGGUGGGAUUUGGCGUUUGGGUUCGUCGGGAGGGAAAAUUCUCGAGGUGGGUUUCCAAUUUUUUUUUUCUUUGUGGGUUUUGUGUUUGUUUCAUCUCCGGCGGUGGGUGAUGGGAUUGGGGAAUAGUGAGAAUGAUUUGAUCGUCGAUGAUGACGGCGGAGGCGGCGGUGUUGUCGACGGUGGAGGUGAAGUAGGCGGCGGAGGGUAUGGGAAGUCGUUGGGGACGGUUUCGUGUUCGAUUUGCCUCGAGGUUGUGACGGAUACAGGGGAUCGAUCAUGGGCUAAGCUUCAAUGCGGACACCAAUUCCACCUGGACUGCAUUGGUUCGGCUUUCAAUACAAAGGGAGUGAUGCAAUGCCCUAACUGCCGGAAAGUCGAGAAAGGCCAAUGGCUCUAUGCAAAUGGUUGUCGUUCGGUCCCUGAGGUCAACGCGGAUGACUGGGCACAUGAAGAGGAUGCUUACUAUAGCGUCUCUGAAGUGUCUCUUGGAAUUCACUAUUGUCCUUUUGGUGGUAGCUUGGCGAGAAUGCCUUCAUCCUUUGAGGAAGGGGAGUUCUCAAUGAAUGCAUAUCACGAUCUGGUGAGUCAGAAUGCUGUUUUUGCUGAACACACAGCUCCCAUAUCGUCAGCCAGCCACGCUUGCCCUUAUAUUGCUUACUUUGGACCGAUCCACCCUUCUUCCUCAAGCUCCAGUGCUGCCAUUUCAGAUACUUCUAACUUCAACAGUCACUGGAAUGCUCCAUCAGUACCUAAUGACAUGACGAGCUCCUAUGGCUUCCCUGCUGCUGUGGAUCUCCAAUAUCACAGUUGGGAGCAUCAGUCUCCUCCAUUUCCUACAACAAGCAGUCGAAUGGGUGGUAUUGAUCAGAGUGCCAUCUCCCCAAAUGCUCAAAGAGCAGUGGGUAGAAGCAAUAAUGCCGGUCCUCAGAGAGCUGGUUCUUUCAUGCAUCCCUUCGUCAUAAAUCCUGGUUCUGGUGCCAGAGCCGGUAGCUCAGUCCCUCCCUCGGGCACUCCAACUUACCAAGGCAGCAAUGCAAGGGCACGUGAUCGAGUUCAAGCUCUUCAGGACUACUAUCAGCAACAGCCCGGGAGCUCCCCAACGAUUCAUGUUCCUCCCAUUAUCGCCGCCUCAGCACGGAGACCGAGCAGCAGCAGCCACAGGGGAGUGUCACGAUUGAUCCCACCGGCGCCCGACCAGGCUGGGUUUUACUUCUUCCCGUCAGGAGGGACAACAUCAUCCGGGCGGAACUACCAAGAGUCGGAGAAUGCAUCGUCCCGGACUGGGUUCCGGGCAUGGGAGCCAUUGCUUCCUUUUAACAACAACCAUCCUGAUAGAGAUUCAGGCUGGGGGCCCACGUACCAGCAAGGCGGCGGCGGGUCUGAGGCAGGAGGGAUAAGAUCAGGGAGCCUCCGUCAGAGGCAGAGUCGUUCGUAGUUUUUCUACUGCGUCGAGAAUUUAUAUCCUUGUUGAGGGGUGAAGUGGAGCAAAACUCGUUUUACUAGACUGCUGUGGGAACCCAGAAGCGGACGCAGAACUAUAUGUGUAAUGCUUAAACUAUAAAUGAUAUAUGAUGGUUUGGGGAUUGAUCGAUGGAGAGCGAUCGGUAGUGCCAUGAAGUGGCCUGAGAACAAUGGUGUUGUUAUUUUCAUGUGGGCAACUUGGCCUGGCUGUGUUGGCGGUAUGCUUUGAUUGAUGCAGGCUGUUCGAUGAACAUCAUUUGGCUUCCUCCGGUUUCUUUGCCUUUCUGAGGAUAUAUAAAAAUUGUUAAUGUUAUGUCAUGAGGAUCGUGAAUUUUGAUCCAGUCUGUUAGCUUUGCCCUUUUGAAUCCCUGGCUGCAGACCGCUUCCUCUGGUUUCAGUUGGUUCAGUGUUAUCUGGUUCGUUACAUGUUGGUCACUGAGAUUACAAAAAAUGUUUAAAUUUGGUCACUCGAAAUAUUAAAAUUCAUUGGUGGUACUUCACUUUAUUGAAAUAGUUCAUAUUUGGUCGCUUUAUGUCCAACUCGGUUAACUUUGACUGAUGUGGCAAUCAACUCUCAAAAUUGAUCGU